AUGAAGGUCAACUUUGAAUCUUUUAAAGAGGUAAUAGAGCAUGCCUUAUCAAACUUCAACGAAGAAGAAGCAGAAGAGCUUGCAUGUACAGCAUAUAAGGUGUGGAGGAGAAGGAAUACUUCUGUAUUUGAAGAGAAAUUCGAGGACCCCUCAAGGGUGGUUCUGUCCGCAUCUCAUCUUUUAAAGGAGUUCAAGGAGGCAAAUUAUAGCAAGCUGUUGGGAGAACAUGAAAAUCUGGUGUUUCAUGCUCGCAUGAAGCAUAUCGAAAUUGACUAUCAUUUUGUUCGAGAACAAGUGCAGCGCAAGGCUUUAGAUGUUCGCUUCAUCUCCAGCAAGGAUCAGCUUGUUGAUGUCCUUACAAAGUCGUCAUCCUCUCAACGCUUCAACUUUCUCAGGAGCAAGCUCAACGUUCUUCCAAUACCGUUUAGCUUGAGGGGGGAUAUUGAACACUCACCAAAUAGAUCAUGA